CGGAAGAUUGAGGAAAUCACUGAUUUCCCUUUCACUUAACCUUUGCGUAAUAAACUUAACCUAGGCUACAUAUUAAUUUGCAUGUACCUCGUAAUUUCUUUUUCUUCACAAUUUACAGUUCAUUGUUCUGGUAUCAGUGGAUGCAGGAUUUUGAAGCAUUUCAGGCAGCAUUGGACACUGAUUCAUCCUACACAUCAACUUUAGCAAGAAGUCUUGCUCUGGCGCUCGAAGAGUUUUACAAAAAUAUGCACUCCGUGGGAGUUUCAGCAGUUUCAAGUGAUGAAAUGGAAGCCUUUUUCACUGCAAUUGAAUCAAGUGUUAAAGAAUACAUGGAGAACUACAAAGCUGACCUCGACAAGAGAAGGCGUCUAGAAACUGACUGCAAGAAGGAAAACAUGGAGAGAUUCCGCAAAGACUUGGAGAAAUCUAAAGGGCAAACAGUCGUACUUAACACUGGUCUAAAAGACAAAGGAUCUCUUAAGAUGAAGGAUGAGGAAGAGGAGGAGGAUGAGGAAGAGGAGUUGGAGAAUAUUAGAUUCUCUGAGGAAGAGACAGAGGAAGAUGGAGGGGAAGAUGAAGAGGUUGCGCACUUUGGUUUUUGAUACUUCCAGUACAGUUUGUGUCUUACUAAAUGUUGUCGAACUGGUAGUAGGUCUUUAUUCAACUGCUGCACUUGUUCGUAAAGUGUUCAUCUUGUAGUUUA